CCCCAGCCCACCGAACAGGGGGCGCCGGCCGCCUCCAGCCCGCGUGCCCUGAACACCGCUGGUCCCGGGCGCCUCGCCCAGCACCGCGCUCCCGGCCGACCCCUGUCCUCGCCCCUCUUUCUUCUCCUCUAGCUCUCACCUUCUCCCGAUCUUUGAUUUCUUUUCCUUCCUGGAUCUUCCUUCAUCUCUCCAUCUCUCUCCCUCCUUUCCCCUUGUCCUCUGUCCACCUUUCUCUUAUUCACGCCUUAGACCUUCCUUUCUGUCCUUUUCUCCUCUAGACCCUUCUCUGACUCUCCUCCAGCAGCAGCACCCCCUGGGUCUGUGGAGUGAUUCGUGCCCCUGUGCCUCAGUUUCCCUCCCAUCUCACUUACUCCCGGCUCCCCUUCCUGCUCAGUGCCGGGUGGUCGGACCCUGGGGGAAAGAAGGAUGGUUCCCGAGGUGAGGGUCCUCUCCUCCUUGCUAGGACUCACGCUGCUCUGGUUCCCCUUGGACUCCCACGCUCGAGCGCGCCCAGACAUGUUCUGCCUUUUCCACGGGAAGAAGUACUCCCCUGGUGACAGCUGGCACCCCUACUUGGAGCCACAAGGCCUGAUGUACUGCCUGCGCUGCACCUGCUCUGAGACUGCCCAGGUGAGUUGUUACCGCCUCCACUGCCCACCCGUCCACUGCCCCCAGCCUGUGACGGAGCCACAGCAGUGCUGUCCCAGGUGUGUGGAACCUCAUACCCCCUCUGGGCUCCGUGCCCCCCCAAAGUCCUGCCAGCACAACGGGACCACGUACCAACACGGAGAGAUCUUCACUGCCCGGGAGCUGUUCCCUACCCGCCUGCCCAACCAGUGUGUCCUCUGCAGCUGUACCGAGGGUCAGAUCUACUGUGGCCUCACGACCUGCCCUGAACCCGGCUGCCCCGCACCCCUCCCGCUGCCCGACUCCUGCUGCCAGGCCUGCAAAGAUGGGGCAGGUGAGACAUCAGCUGAAGAGGACACCAUGCGAUCACACAGUGGGGCGAGACAUUCCCAGGAUCCAUGUUCAGGUGAUGGUGGGAGAAAGAAAGGCCCGGGCACCCCAGCCCCCACUGGCCUCAGCUCCCCUCUGGGCUUCAUCCCUCGUCACUUCCGACCAAAGGGGGCAGGCAGUACAACUGUCAAGAUUGUCCUGAAGGAGAAACAUAAGAAAGCCUGCGUGCACGGUGGGAAGACAUACUCCCACGGGGAGGUGUGGCACCCAGUCUUCCGUUCCUUUGGCCCCCUGCCCUGCAUCCUAUGCACUUGUCAGGAUGGCCACCAGGACUGCCAGCGUGUGACCUGCCCCACUGAGUAUCCCUGCCAUCACCCUGAGAAAGUGGCUGGCAAGUGCUGCAAGAUUUGCCCAGAGGACAAAGCAGACCCCGGCCACAGUGAGAUCAGUUCCACCAGGUGUCCCACAGCGCCCGGCCGGGUUCUUGUCCACACAUCGGUAUCUCCAAGCCCGGACACCCUGCAUCGCUUUGCCCUUGAGCAUGAGGCCUCUGACCAGGUGGAGAUCUACCUCUGGAAGCUGGUAAAAGGAAUCUUCCACUUGAUUCAGAUCAAGAAAGUCAGGAAGCAAGACUUCCAGAAAGAGGCACAGAACUUCCGGCUGCUCACCAGCACCCAGGAAGGUCACUGGAAAGUCUUCCUAGCCCAGACUCCAGAACUGAAGGUUACAGCCAGUCCAGUCAAAGUGACCAAGAGCUUAUAACAAAGACCUAAACAAUUGCAGAUGUGAGCUUUAUCAUUUUUGUUAUUAUAUAUUAAUAAACAAGAACCUGCA